GGGAAGCUGACAGAACUCCGUGCUAGGAUUCAUCACACUGAGUGUCUCCGCUGUGUUCCCUUCCAGUCGCUGCCGUCUGGACACAUGCAAGGAACGUUUGAACAGGCCAAUAAAGAAGAAAACAGAGACAAGAACAGAUACCCCAACAUCCUUCCCAAUGAUCAUUCCCGGGUGAUUUUGAGCCAAGUGGACGGAACGCCCUGUUCGGACUACAUUAAUGCUUCAUACAUAGACGGUUACAAGGAGAAGAAUAAAUUCAUAGCAGCUCAAGGCCCUAAGCAGGAAACAGUUAAUGACUUCUGGAGGAUGAUCUGGGAGCAGAAGUCUGCGACCAUCGUCAUGUUGACGAACCUGAAAGAAAGGAAAGAGGUGAGCCCGGCCUCUGAUAAGGAAUACUUUCUUUUUGCUGCUGUUGGCGGGG